AUGACCGAGGGAAUGGAGGACGUCUCUGCAGGGCCGGCUCCCUCCCCCACGGGGGAGACGGGGGAGACGGAGGCAGCUGGCGAGAGCGGGGACGAGGGCGUUAAGGGAAUUGCAGAGGGAGUUGACGGCGACGAAGAGGACCAGCGCGCGGGGCCUUUGGGAAUCGUGGCCUUGCCCGGCGCCUGCUGCGUCUGCGUAGAGAUGGAACAGAUCAACCACUGCCUCCACUCCGAGAAAAUCUGCAUCCUGCCCAUCCUGGCCUGCCUGCUUAGCUUAGCGCUGUGCACGGCCGGCGUCAAGUGGGUGUUCGUGGACAAGAUCUUCGAGUACGAGCCGCCCACUCACUUGGAUCCCAAACCCAUCGGCCAGGACCCCAUCAUCAUCUCGGUGGACCCCGCGCUGGGAAUCACCGUCUCGAUUCCUCACUCGGCUUCGUCCUCCACCUCCGUGUCGUUGACGACCACCAUCGCCAUCACCCCGGGACGGCCCGAGGUCGUCGUGGAGGAGGAAUCUCGUCCUCCGUCGUCUCCCCGACUGACGUAUCCGCCCGUGACCGUCAAGUACAAUCACCCGACCGUCGCCAAGCAGACGACCCGGCCGAAAACCACGCAGGAGAUAAACAGCAUCGUCCAAACCAUCUCGACGACCACCACGGCCAGGGCGACCAGGACGUCCAGCCACAUCACGCGCUGCAGCGACGGACAGAAAAACUACUGCGUUAACGGAGGAGAAUGUUUCACCCUGGAGAUCAUGCCGGGAAGUACAAAGUUCCUCUGCAGGUGCUUGACCGGAUUCACCGGGCAGCGAUGUGAACAAGCUGUACUUAACAAAGUCUCAAAACAAGCGGAGGAGCUGUAUCAAAAACGUAUUUUAACAAUAACAGGAAUCUGCAUUGCCCUCCUAGUCGUUGGAAUCAUGUGUGUGGUCGCCUACUGCAAAACAAAGAAGCAGAGGAAGAAACUCCAAGAGCGCCUGAGACGGAGCCAGAGGAACAAGAGAAAGACUAAAACCGGUAACGGUUCUAAUCCCGGUAACGGUUCUAAUCCCGGUAACGGUUCCAACCGACGAACCUCGACCGCAGGACGUCGGACUUCCAGUCUUCCUCUCCAAGAGCUGAAGCAAAACAAUCCAUGUAACGGGACGGCAAUGCAGCCUGAAACUGAAGAGACGGAAUCAACUUUCCCCUCGAGCAAAUACACGCCUGGAAUCGAACCCACAACCUUCACCCACGUCAGCCAAAGAUUUGAAUCUUCAACCAAAAGCCUGACUGGACUGUGUUCCGAGUCGGAGACGUUAGCCACGAGUCCGGGAUCUCCCACGACGCCGGGAUCUCCCACGACGCCGGGAUCUCCCGAGACGCCGGGAUUUUCUCCGUCCGAGACGUCGGCGCCGCCGACCAGUCUGGCGAUCUCCGUGGACGAGGACGACCGGCCGUUGCUGCCGCCGAACCCGUUCCGGCCGCACAGUGCAGCAGUAGCGGCGGGAUGCUAACGAGCGAAACUGAGGACACGUCCUUCUUUACGGCAGAAAGAUUUACGGCGUUUUGGGCUUCGGACGGCGGCAGGAAUAACCCGGCGGCGCCAAACGACGACCUGCAAGUGAAACCGUCAAGUCUGACCAUCAAACAAGAUCCAAUUGCUGUAAAAAUGAAAAGAAAUAGCUUAAACACUGCAAAAACUCCAAAUCUUACCGGGAAUAUUUGUCUUAUU